GGCAGGAAGUCGCUGUCAGGGCCGUCCAACUGUUGCACAGCGGAGCUUCAAUAUUACUCAACUCCGAGAUCUUUUCCUGAUGCAAGAGUAGAAAAUGUUGUUCAGUCCGACGGGUUUGGGUGAAUGUUUCCGAGAAUGGGAAGAUUUAGAGAAGAACUACCAACAGAUUCAGGACACCCAUCGUCUAUAUAAACAGAAACUUGAGGAAGUGACCAAACUGCAAGACAGCUGCUCCGGCGCAAUAUCACGUCAGAGGAAGAAGCUGAAAGAGCUCACUGUGUCUCUGAAGGAAUGCAAAGAAAACCCCCCGACUCCCAAAUUAAGUCCAGAGGAAAUGGAUGCCAUCGCCGAAAUCGAGGACUCCAUGAAAGACAGAGCGAAUGCGUUCUGUGAGAUGGAAGCUUUCCUGCCAAAGAAGAACGGGUUGUACCUCACUCUCGUGUUAGGAAACGUCAACGUAACGCUCCUCAACAAACAGUCAAAGUUCGCCUACAAAGACGAAUACGAGAAGUUCAAACUGGUCCUCACGGUCAUCCUCUUCGUGUUCGCCUUCACGUGUCGCUUUCUGUUCAGCUACAGAGCCUUAGAUGCCCUGUUCAACUUCCUGUUGGUGUGGUACUACUGCACACUCACCAUCCGGGAGAGCAUCCUCAUCAGCAACGGCUCAAGGAUCAAAGGUUGGUGGGUUUUCCAUCACUACGUGUCGACCUUCCUGUCUGGAGUUAUGCUCACUUGGCCUGAAGGCGCUCUCUACCAGAUGUUCAGGAACCAGUUUCUGACAUACUGUCAAUACCAAAUAGGCUUCGUCCAGUUCCUCCAGUACUACUACCAGAGCGGCUGUUUGUACCGACUGCGAGCGCUGGGAGAAAGACACAACAUGGACCUCACAGUCGAGGGUUUCCAGUCCUGGAUGUGGAGAGGCCUGACCUUCCUCCUUCCUUUCUUAUUCUUUGGUCAUUUCUGGCAGCUCUAUAACAGCAUAACACUGUUCAAGAUGUUUCAGCUCCCGGAGUGUAAAGAGUGGCAGGUUGUGAUGUGCGGCUGCUCUUACAUGGUGCUCUUCAUGGGAAACUUCUUCACCACACUGGGAGUGGUUUACCAGAAAUACAUGAACAACCAGGACAAGUCCAAAAACCUCUAAUGAGCCGCGCUAACGAAGACAAUCACCAAAAUAUCCUCCAACGUUAUGAUUGUUGUCCUUGUGGACCAUUUUAAAUGUUCUGCUAUUACUAUCAGUGUCCUUUCAGUUUCAUAUUUGUCGUGGUCAGAGCACAUUGUACGGGUAGUUCACUGACCCGUCAGACAACCGGGUACUCAGCAGGUCUCGCUCAGUGACACUGUGAGGUUGUUUCAAGGAUUCGUUACUGAAUAAAGCGUCAUAUUUAUUUAGAAAAAUCUUUAGUUUGUUACUCAGCAGCUUUUUAUGUAUUUUAGCCUUUAAAAAGUGCUUAAUAAAACACUCCAAACCGAA